CCUUCCCUCAAUCUACAACCACCAACUUCAUCCUGCCCCUCCACCGCCUCCCCCACCCACCGCGAAACAGUUCUACGAGCGCUGCCCAUUCCACUACGAGCGCCGCCUCGAUCCCCACCCACCACGAAUCAACUGCGAACGCUGCCUUCCCACCGCGAAUCAACCACGACUGCCGCCUCCCCACCGCGAAUCAACCAUGACUGCUGCCUCCCAACCGCAAAUCAACCACGAUUGCCGCCUGUUUGGUUCACAUCGAUGUUGCCUUGCGCACCUUCCCCCUCUUUCUCUCUCCUCUUGAUUUCAUCUCUCUUUUAGAUCUAUUUUUCCGGCGAAAUUAGGGUUUGUUUUAGGUAGUUAGGGUCAAUUUCAGGGGUUGGAUGUUUGGUUUUUGUGCUGGGUAAGAUGAUUUCGGUGGUUAUUAAGGUUGUUUUGGUUGUGGUAUGGUGAUUUCGGUGGUUGUAUAGGGUUGUUGGGUGGUGGUAUGGUGGUUGUACGGUGGUUUCGAUGGUUGUGGAGUGGUGGUGGUUCGGUGAUUAUAAGGAGGUUCAAUGGGUUUUGGGGGUUUUGGUGGGGCGGCGCAGGUGGUGGUGUGGUGGUCAAGGAUGGUCAAAGUAGUAGUUAAGUUGGUUGGGUGAAGAGGAGUUUGGGGGUAAGGGUGAUUCCUUGGGAGGGGGUGGGGAAUUAGAGGGAUGUUGGGGAAUCAAGUGGGUAAAGGGAAUGAUUGAAUAGGUUUAACAAACAACAACAAAGGGAAUGAAGGUAGUUGAUUACCUUUCCAUUUUCUGAAUACCCCCAAUCAAACGCCCCCUAAGGUGAUUUUAAAACCUUGAAAUCACAUAUUAUUCCAUGGUAAUUCCUUACAAUAAGGUGAAUGUGAAACCUAGAAAAUCACAUUUCUUUUAAUUUUUCAAAGGUGAUUGCUCAGAUUGUGGAGUACAUAGAAAAUUGCUCAUUUCUUUAAAACCCUAUUUCCCACCCCUUCUAAAAAAAAUGGAAAGAAAAGUUAAAAGUAACCGGUAACUCCCGGUAAUCCGGUUCUUUCUUUCCCGUUACAAGUAACAACCACCCUUUUCUCACACAAUAUAUCCCAUUAAACCUCCCUUCACCUUUACACUCUCUCUCAACUCCUUCGACGCCGCAAAAUCCACACAGAAGAGGUCCAAUAAUGUCAAAUGAAGAGAGAGUUAUUAUCGAAGAUGACGCCGAAUCACCAAGCAACCCCUUCAUCCACCGCCAUCGCUGCUGCUUUCAGUUGCCCUGCUUCGGUUCCUCCCCCACCUCCACCACACCUCGCCACAUCACCCUCGGCGGCGGAGGAGCCAAUUCUUCACUUUCCGAUCCCUCUACUUCGUUUUGGGACCGAUUCCGAUCCGCCGAGAAUGAACCCCGUUGGUGGUCACAACCUUUCAAAGCCUUCAAGAAAAUUCGGGAAUGGUCUGAGAUUGUUGCUGGUCCCAAGUGGAAGACCUUCAUCCGCCGUAUCAAUCGCCGCCGUCCUAACCACCGUCACCACCACCACCAACAACAACAAUCCACUGGGCAGUUCCAGUACGAUCCUUUGAGCUACGCGCUUAACUUCGAUGAGGGUCCUGGGCAAAACGGUCAUUUCGAUGAGGAUUAUGAUGCUGGUAACUUCCCCGAUUUCUCCUCCCGCUUCGCCUCUGCCGCCACUCCUCCCCCUUCAUCGAAGUCACCAGCAGAAUUGGGUAACGGCGCGCCGGCUUGCUGACAGCAAUUUCCAGUGGUAGGGGUAUUUUCGGAAGGUCUGUUACAAAAUUGCGCCAGGCUGGCUAAAGUGCGCCGGUAGGUGCCGGAAAGUGACAUCAAUGGUUGUUUUGACUUUUUUUGGUGCGGGAAAAGGUUGAAGCACACAGCUGGCUUUUUUUUUUUUUUAAUUUUUUU